CCCUCGCCGGGACCCUCCAGCGGGCCCAGGGGGACAAAAGUGGCCCUAAAUCCAGCACGUGCAUACUGAGGCAAGUUAAUGGAUUUAAUAUGAAGCACAGAAGCAGAUAAUGCCAAAGAGCAAGCAGUAAUUGGUACACAUUUGGUGAGUGGGGCGGCCUUUCCUUCUCCCACUGCUGCUGAGAUGGCGGAAAUUAGUCGAAUUCAGUAUGAAAUGGAAUACACCGAAGGUAUUAGUCAGCGAAUGAGGGUCCCAGAAAAAUUAAAGGUAGCACCACCAAAUGCUGACCUGGAGCAAGGAUUUCAAGAAGGAGUUUCAAACGCUAGUGUGCUUAUGCAAGUUCCAGAGAGAAUUGUGGUAGCAGGAAAUAAUGAAGACAUUCCAUUUUCAAGACCAGCAGAUCUUGACCUUAUACAGUCAACUCCCUUUAAGCCUCUGGCUCUAAAAACACCACCUCGUGUGCUUACGCUGAGUGAAAGACCGCUAGAUUUUCUGGAUUUAGAAAGACCUGCUCCAACCCCUCAAAAUGAAGAAAUCCGUGCAGUUGGCAGGCUAAAAAGAGAACGCUCUAUGAGUGAAAAUGCUGUUCGCCAAAAUGGACAGCUGGUCAAAACUGACUCCAUUCCUGUGUCGCGUGGUGCGUCUGCUGCCGCCACUUCUAAUCCUCAUCAUGACAGCGUCAGGUAUGGCAUUUCAAAUAUAGAUGCAAUGAUUGAAGGAACUUCAGAAGACAUGACAGUUGUACAUGCAGCUUCAUUAAGACGACAGAUAAUCAAACUAAAUAGACGUCUACAACUUCUGGAAGAGGAGAACAAAGAACGGGCUAAAAGAGAAAUGGUCAUGUAUUCAAUUACUGUAGCAUUCUGGCUGCUUAAUAGCUGGCUCUGGUUUCGCCGCUAGAGGUAACCUCAGCUCUCAGAAAUAUUGUCUCAACAGCUGGAAAUAUAAAGAAUUUGCAAACUUC